AUGAAGCUGAAAAGAAGAGACGCGAGGACGACUAUCUGGAGUGGAUGGUCAAGUUCGGCAAGAAGGUCUUCGAAGAAGGUCGCCGCCGGUCUGCCUCUCCCCGCGACCGCCAAGCUCCCCCGCGAGAGAGGACCCCGCCGCGCCCCCGAGAACCAGAGGCCCGCCGUCCCCCCCGCCGGUCGACAGCUUUCCCGGCCCCCCCCCUCCGUCUCAAGCCCGCCCCCUCACUACCAACAGGCUCCCGGUCGAGGAAACUCCCGGGCUGCUGCCUCCCAUCUGCCCCGUCGACAAGAUUUCCGGGGCCCAUCCCACCAACCCUCCGGCCGACAUGAUUCCCGCGCGGCCGAGUUGAAUCAACGGGACCUGCCUGCCAACACCCCUUCAGGCCCCACCCGCCGUGGACUCGCUACGUCACGGUGGGCAAACCGCCAAGCCCCUCCUCAGGAGGAGGCGAGCCGUGGGCUGGCUCGCUCCGGCAACAACAGCGCCCUUGAGGCCCCGCCCACCAAUGCUGAUAAUGCUCCCGCGGCCAAUAACGCCCCCCCGCCAACUCGUCAGGAGACGUAG